CUUGGGCUGAGGUGACUUUUCGAGGCGGGGGAGGGAACCCACGGCCGCGUUAGCUAUUCGCUGGAGCAGGAAAUUCAACCGACUAAGCCUGCGGGCAGGGCUGGCUAGUCAGAAGCUCACUUGUGCCCAGGCAAAGAGAGAAGCAGAGACAGAGAGGGAUAGAUCGAGCGUGCAGCACAGCCAGACUUUGCCUCUCCCAGCUCAGGAAAGGCUCCUUCCUCCUGCUCGGUACCUGCAGCCCAACCAAACUUUCACUAUUGUCUGAAGUGAGAAGUUGUCCCCCUCCUCUUUCUUUCCUUCAUUUUUUCCGCUGGUUUGCCUUUAUCUUUUAUUACAGUCUCCCAUCUUCUUCCCCAGGGUCGUACUUUUUCAGUUUGUUAUCUCAACCUCUUCUGGGAGUAUCCAGAUAGCUUCUUGAACUUUUUUCACCCCCAAAUCUUUACCCUUGCUAAAGUACCUAGGGUCAUCUCCUUACACUCCACCCUCUCCCCCGCCCCCUUACCUCACUUUUCAAGGACACCUCUUUUAAGAAAAAUCUCGAACCUCUGAAAUGCCUUUGAGAGUCCUGGUCAUUUUAUUUUUGGUAUUUAUGGAGCGAAGCACCUCAGAUUUGUGUGUUUUCCGAGAUCACAUUACUGCACUGGAAGGCGAACCUUAUUACUUGAAAUGCUGCCUGUCUACUGAUCAUCAUCAUCAUAGAAACCAUACUGUCAGGUGGUCAAAACGCUAUGGACCAAAUAGAACAGUGCCCCUGAGCUCAAGUGAGAGGAUCAUUUUUAAUGAUGAUGCUAUAGAAUUUUGGCCAAUGAAAAUGAUUGAUGAAGGAAUGUACACUUGUACAGUAGGACGCAAAGAAAAUCAAUGGAAUAUAACUGUCACUAAAAGAAGUGAGCAUGGUUGUUUUCACCCAAAAUAUUUAAUGACUAAAGAAGUAGAAGUUGGGAAAUCCUUAAGCAUAAACUGUACCCAUGAUUACUACCAGACAGAGGCCUAUCAAAUAUCUUUAUUUAAGGACUGUUCUCCGAUUCCAGGGAAUCACAAACCUUACAUUAGGAAGAAUGCCGUGUUGAAUGAUGCAGGAAAUUAUACUUGUAUAUUUUUCCUUUAUAAAAAUAGAAGAUCAUUUAAUGUCACUAAAACUUUCAAUGUAAAAAUAAAAGAUAACACGGAUAUAAUGCCAACACUAUAUGGGAACAACGUUAAUUAUGUCCAAGCUGAAUUAGGGAAAGAGAAAACACUCAACUGUACUGCUUUAUUGAGGGAUCCUACUGGUAUAAUUUACUGGAAUGAAGAGCAUGAUAAUGAUACUAAUAUAUAUAAAGAGAAGCUAAUAUCCAGUGGUUCAAAUGGCAAGUUAUAUGUUUCCAGUCUACUGAAGAUUAAAAUUGUCAAAGAAGAGAAUUUGAAUGUUUGGUAUAAUUGUACCUUGGCAUCUGCUGGAGUCUUGGAGACUAUAGGAUUCUUCUUGAAGAAGAAAGAAGGUGCUGCUGAUGUUUCCAGACACAUUUUCAUUAUUGUCCUUGUAUCUUCAGCUGCAUUCAUCUUUCUAGUGAUUAUGUGUGUCAUUUAUAGAAUUGAUAUACUUUUAUGUUACAGGGACCUCAUUAGAAGAGAUGAGACUUUAACAGAUGGAAAAGAGUAUGAUGCAUUUGUGUCUUACCUGAAAGACUGCCAACCAGAUAAUGGAGAUGAGCACAAGUUUGCUCUAGAGAUUUUACCUGAAGCCUUGGAAAAACAUUUUGGCUAUAAAUUAUGCAUAUUUGAAAGGGAUAUAAUUCCUGGAGGAGCUAUUGUUGAUGACAUCCACUCAUUGAUUAAAAAAAGCAGAAGGCUAAUCAUUGUCCUGAGUGAAAAUUACAUGUGUGAUAAAGUCAGAUAUGAACUUGAAAGUGGACUCCAUGAAGCACUGGUGGAAAGAAAAAUUAAAAUAAUCUUAAUCGAAUUCACACCUAUUAGUGACUUUACAUUCUUGCCACAGUCCUUGGAGCUUCUGAAAUCUCACAGGAUUUUAAAGUGGAAGGCAAAUAAGUCUCUUUCUUACAACUCAAGAUUUUGGAAGAAUCUUCGAUACUUGAUGCCUGCCAAAAUUGCCAAGUGAAUUGUUUUUUUCUUCAGAUCCCUUGGGAAAUGAAUCAUUGCCCAUUCUUCCAAAGGUUUAGUCUUCAAGAGGACCAUGCCAAGUAGCUGGUUUUAAAGACAUCAUGAGACUAUGUAAUGAAAGACUUAAAUGAAAAUCUCCUGUCUUCAUUUCAGCAAACUGAAGAGUUCAUUUGAAAUAAAUCUUAUUUUGGAAUCGGUACAAACCUCUUCCUCUUCAUCAUUGUGAGAGUGACCUAAAUGAAGUUCUCUUUCCUCUCCCUUUUUGCUUUGUCCUGACCUUAUGUAUUGCUUACAGUCCCCAGAGAAGGAUGGAUAUACUUUGAAGCAUGUUGUACUUGCUUGAGUGUAGAUCCUUAGUUUUGAAUGCUAAGAAUCCCAUUGGAUUGAGUGGUUCCUAUUAAAAAGAGAGACAUGAACAUUUCAUGUAGAUUGAGGUAGAUGCCUUCACUCUCUCUCAAUAACUGUCUACUUCUCCUCAGUGCUUAUGUGAAAUAUCUUAGACCAGAAGGAAGGGGAAAAUGACAAAUAUGGCUUGCAAAGUUAAGGAAGGCCUUAACCUUCUGAAUAUGUAUCUUGCUGGCCGAAUAUUCUGCUUACCACCAAUUCAUCUUAUUUCAUACUGGGUUUCCACUAUUCCAGUAAGGCAUUACUAAUCUGAGAUCAAAUCUGGACUCUGACACUUACUAGCUGUGUGACUAGUUAAGUCAGUUAACCUUGUUUGCC